UUAGACGAGCUGAGAGCUCAGAGCAGAGGCGAGUGUGGAUGUGAACGGGUGGGUAAGAGUGUGAGUCCUGCUCUGGAGAUGUUGUGCUCGGAUACAUCGCUCUGAAGAGGACAGCAGAUACUCUGAAAGAAGGCAACAACUUUCUGCUGAUCUACUAAAAAAUCUACUAAGGAGAUCUACUAAAAGGUUUUGAGCACUUUUCCAAAAAGAACGUGAUUUGGAUUUGACAGAUUGUGGAGUUUACAGAAGGUGUUCAGCUGCAGCAGCGGACAGAAGAUCAUCAGUUACCACUGCUUUAUGAAAGUGACCACUGAAGCAAGCCCACCAUGCUUCUGAACCAGAAUAAGAAUCGCAAUCCAAAGAAGAAUGAAAAAAGGCAGCUACUCUGGAAGGUGGCUCAGCAGACCAUGCCAUCCCACUGCAAGGAGCUCAUCCCCCAGCUGGCCUGGCAAGAGGAGGCCCGGAUAAAGGGGGUAAGAAGAGGAGAAGAUUCCUCAGAGCCACAGGCAAAGCUCACAGCGUUCGAGCAGGCUGUGCAUGAUCUCACCAACUCCGAGAGGGUCAUCAAUGACCUGACGUUUGGCCGCCGUAUCGGCUUGUAUGAGCUCCGCGGGGAGAUCGGCAGCGGGAACUUCUCCCAGGUCAGACUGGGCAUCCACGACAUCACCAAAGAACGAGUUGCUGUCAAAAUCCUGGAUAAGGUGCGUCUGGACAGGCACUCCCAGAAACUCUUCGCCUCUGAAAUCAGCAACAUGGAGAAACUCUCACAUCCCAACAUUGUGCGCUUGUACGAGGUGGUGGAGACCUUCAGAAGAAUGCAUCUGGUGAUGGAGUACGCUGCUGGAGGAGAGCUGUACUCCAGGAUCUCCAGCAGGGGGCGACUGUCUGGUGUGGAGAGCAAAGUGGUGUUCUCUCAGAUUCUAUCUGCAGUCAGACACAUGCAUGACAACAACAUCAUCCACCGAGACCUGAAGGCUGAGAAUGUGUACUACACUGCUAACUUCACUGUCAAGGUAGGCGACUUUGGCUUCAGCACCGAGUGCCAACCCAGCCAGAUCCUGAAGACCUUCUGUGGAUCUCCACCUUACGCUGCACCAGAGCUCUUCAAGGACAAGGGCUACAUUGGAGCCUUUGUGGACCUCUGGGCUCUGGGCGUCUUGCUCUUCUUCAUGGUCACAGCCUCCUUCCCCUUCACAGGAACCAGCCUGAGCAAGCUGAAGAUGUGCAUCCUUCAGGGGGCCUACGCCAUUCCCUCCUACGUCCCUGACCCCUGCCAGAAUAUCAUCAGGGGCCUCCUUAGACAGGUACCUGCUGACCGAUCCUCCUUGGCCAAGGUAAUGGCCAGCAUCUGGCUGAAAGAUGUGGAGUAUCUGCAGCCAUACCCUCCUGCUCCAUCCACUCCAGAGCACCUUGCAGAUUUCUCGCGGGUGCUGAGUCCAGAUGAUAAGGUGGUCAAGGUAGUACUUGAGGAGCUGGGCAUCACAGAGAUACACCUCAAGAACAAUGCGCACCUGGACUGCCAGAGCCCGUUAACCGGAGUGUAUCGCAUUGUCCUGCACCGCGUCCAAAGGAGGAGCACUGUGGAGGCAGUAGGGUACACCAGCCUGUGCCCAAAAGACCUCCAGCCAAGAUGGCGGCGCUGGUCCCACCCAACUAUAGCUUUCCGGAAACAGGAGCACUCUUCGGUGUGCUCUAUUCUGUGAAGGAACUGCGGGGAAUGACUGGAUCUUUCCGAAACUUCACGUAAAAAGCAUCUGAAGAGCCAAAGACAUUGAGCAAAAAAGACAUUGCAUGUGCCCCAAUUAAAAGUUUUAAGUUGAAUAACGUUAAGUAUACUCAACAUUUAUAACUCUAUGGUUUUUGAGUGUGGUUAUGAUGGACACUUUUAUCUCUUAGUGUAAUGAAAAAUGUGUAACUGGAAGAUCGACUCAUGUUUGGAACAAUGUUAGAAAAUAAGGCGGACCACUGGCAGAAGAACAUACAGUCAUUUACAGUAAAUUAUUGACAAAGC